AUGUCAACGACUACUCAAGCAUUACAAGAUAUCAAAAAUGAGAGAUCAAAAGCAUCAUUUCAUGUUGAAACAAUGACUAAUAUUAUCUAUGAUCAAGAAUCAUUAGAUACCAAGGUAAAACCUACUACUCAAAGAAUCAAUAUAAAAAGAAAAGUAAAAGAAGCUUAUUCAAAGGAUCCAGUCAUUUCAAAACCAGAACAACAUUAUUUCUUAUCAAGAGAAGAUCAAUUUUCAAGAUGUUUGGAUGUAGUCUCUAGAGUGAUCAAUAUUAAAAAGAAUUUGGGUUUGGUCAAUACACCAGGUCUGGAAUUCCAUAGAGAACUUGGUCAUGAAAUGCCAUUAUUAUUACAUGAUGUUGUAUUUGCUGGAUGUAUCAAAUCAUUGGCAUCAGAUGAACAAUUAAAAGAAUGGUUACCAAAGAUUUUAAACUAUCAAUGGAUUGGUUCUUAUUCUCAAACUGAAUUGGGCCAUGGUUCAAAUGUUGCUAGUCUUGAAACUACUAUUCAUUAUAUUGAAGAAACAGAUGAAUUUGAAAUUAAUUCACCAAGUUUAACAUCAACAAAAUGGUGGAUUGGAGCACUUGGUAAGAUUUCAACUCAUACCAUUGUUUUUGGUCAAUUGUGGUUAAAGGAAAAAGCAACUGGCGAGUUGAAAAACUAUGGUGUUCAUCCAGUAUUGGUCCAAAUCCGUUCAUUGGAUGAUCAUAUUCCAUUAAAAGGAGUAGAAGUUGGUGAUAUUGGUCCCAAAUUUGGGUUUAAUAUGGUUGACAAUGGUUAUCUUAGACUUGAUAAAUUUAAAGUACCAAGAUCAAAUUUAUUAUCAAGAUUCUUUCAAGUUACAAGACAAGGUCAUUAUAUUGCACCACCACAUCCAAGAUUAGUUUAUGCAGGAAUGGUAGGAGUAAGAGCACAUUUAAUUGAAGAUUCAUUUACACAAAUGGCCAAAGCAAUUACCAUUGCCACUAGAUAUUCAAUUGUUAGAAGACAAUUCAAGACCAAUUCUAUUAUUGAGAAUAUGGUAUUAAACUAUGGUAGUCAACAGAUGCGUAUAUUCCCAUCGAUUGCUGCAACCUAUGCUUUUGCUUUUAUGGGCAAGAGAUUGUACCAAUCCCAUGUCGCCAUGAUGACUGCCAUCAAAAAGAAUCAUGAUGUUUCACGUCUCUCUGAACUCCAUUCACUGUCUUCUGGUCUAAAGUCUCUCUGUACCACCAUUGCUUGUAAAGCAAUCGAUGAUUGUAGAUUGGCUUGUGGUGGUCACGGGUAUUCAAACCUUAGUGGUUUACCAACUCUAUAUGCUGGUUAUGCUCAUGUUCUAACUGCCGAAGGAGAGAAUAAUAUUCUACCACAACAAACUGCUAGAUACCUAUUAAAAGUAUUUAAAGAUGUUUUAUUGUCUGGUCAAACCAAAGUAGGAGAGACUGUACAAUAUUUGGUCAAUGAAAGUAAUGAUCAAUCACAUGCUACUUUGGAACAAUUCCUUGGUCUUCCCGUAGGUCAAUUUGCAACUGGUCAAACAUUGUUAAAACCAGAAGUAUUGUUAAAGUUGUAUACUCAACGUUCAUUCUCUGAAUUGGCUCGUUUAGCAUUCCUCCUUCAAGAUGCUACUGCCAAUGGAGAUGAUUUGGCUCAAACCUGGACCGAACUCAAUACCGAUUGUAUCCGUGUUAGUCAUGCCUAUUGCCAGGUAUAUAUCCUAUCUAGUUUCUUUGACGAAAUCAAUCGUCUACCAACUUCACCAUCCAAGGAUGUCCUUGUCAAACUUGCACAACUCUAUGCUCUUGUUCAACUCGAAACUAGUGCCGGUGAUUUCCUUCGUUCUGGCUUUUUAUUGCCAAAACAUAUUGAUACCAUCCGUGGUCUCAUUCCCUAUCUCCUUCGUCAACUUAGACCAGAUGCUCUUCCAUUGGUUGAAGCAUUCGAAGUAAGUGAUCUCGCUCUUGCCAGUGCUAUUGGUCGUUCCGACGGUAAAGCUUACGAAACCUUAUUUAAUUUGGUUAAAUCCCAACCAUUCAAUCAACCCAAAGUAGUUGAUGGUUUUAAUCAAUAUUUACAACCAAUCAUUAAAUCAAAACUUUAA